CUCGGGCAACAGGCGGCAACCUACCACUGGGCAGGGGCCUCGGGGCAAACAGGCGGCAAUCUACCCCUCAACAGGGGCUCAGGCAACAGGCGGCAACCUACCACUGGGCAGGGGCCUCGGGGACUCAACGGGACUCUAGCUGUGGAGACUGGCCACAGCACAGCUCCCAUCCAGCUUUCUAGGGUCAUUGGGUUCACGGGGACUCAACGGGGUAGCGAUGGCUCAAGCACUCAGGGGCACCACAGGACACGGGUGGUCAGUGCACACACAGCGGAGACAGUUCAGGACACGAGUGGUCGGUGCAUACACCGGGGACAGUUCAGAACACGGGUGGUCGAUGCACACAGCAGGCACAGUUCAGGACAUGGGUGGUCGGUGCACAUAGCGGGGACAGUUCAGAACACGGGUGGUCGAUGCGCACAGCAGGCACAGUUCAGGACACAGGUGGUCAGUGCGCACAACAGGGACAGUUCAGGACACGGUGGUCGGUGCACACAACAGGCACAGUUCAGGACACAGGUGGUCAGUGCGCACAACAGGGACAGUUCAGAACACAGGUGGUCGGUGCGCACAGGAGGCACAGUUCAAGAC